AUGAUAUGAUGGGGAUUGGAACACCUGAAUCACAUGAUAUGGAGGGGAUUGGAACACCUGAAUCACAUGAUUGGGAGGGGAUUGGAACACCUGAAUCACAUGAUAUGGAGGGGAUUGGAAUACUUGAAUCACAUGAUAUGGAGGGGAUUGGAAUACCUGAAUCACAUGACAUGGAGGGGAUUGGAACACCUGAAUCACAUGAUAUGGAGGGGAUUGGAACACCUGAAUCACAUGAUAUGGAGGGGACUGGAACACUUGAAUCACAUGAUUGGGAGGGUAUUGGAACAACUGAAUCACAUGAUAUGGAGGGGAUUGGAACACCCGAAUCACAUGAUUGGGAGGGGAUUGGAAACACCUGAAUCACAUGAUAUGGAGGGGAUUGGAACACCUGAAUCACAUGAUAUGGAGGGGAUUGGAACACCUGAAUCACAUGAUUGGAGGGGAUUGGAACACCUGAAUCACAUGAUUGGAGGGGAUUGGAACACCUGAAUCACAUGAUAUGGAGGGGGAUUGGAACACCUGAAUCACAUGAUUGGGAGGGGAUUGGAACACCUGAAUCACAUGAUAUGGAGGGGAUUGGAACACCCGAAUCACAUGAUAUGGAGGGGAUUGGAACACACCUGAAUCACAUGAUUGGGAGGGGAUUGGAACACCUGAAUCACAUGAUAUGAGGGGAUUGGAACACCCGAAUCACAUGAUAUCUUGGAGGGGAUUGGAACACCUGAAUCACAUGAAAUGUGUCUGGGAUUGAA